CCUAGUCACGCAUCAUUCUCUAGUGUUUCUGGUUCUGCAUGAUUUCAGCGGAGGACGUCCAGUUCCAUAUGGCUCUACAAUUGUCGGGUGCAUGGUUCUAACCCGUUGUUACUCCUUGCCAGCUGUCCUUUGGUUUUGAGAUUUCUUGAGUCGAUCAACGCGCCGGAUUAUCUCUUGCUGUCCAAAUAUCAACGGCCAAAUUCAGGAAGCAGAAAUGACGAUGGACGGACGUCUCCUUGAUGCUGCCACAACUGGUGACGCGAUUGCAGAUGAUGGUAAAGCUACAACCAGUUCGCCAGGAGGACAGAUGGACUGGCGUCUCAUGGAAGCAGCCAUAACUGGUGACGCCGUAUCUAUGAAGCACCUGGCUUCACACGAUCCGGACAUUCUGCUUGGCACCACUCCGCAGGGGAACACCUGCCUCCACAUCGCAUCCAUCCAUGGCCACAAGGAAUUCUGCAAUGAUGCCAUGACCUUUAACUUGUCCCUUCUCUCCGCUGUCAACGCAGACGAAGAGACGCCCCUGCUCACCGCCGUGAAAAGGGGCCAUGUUUCCUUAGCUUCAUUUUUACUCACGCACUGCCUUGAUCAGCAGCUGAGCAGAGCCAUCUUGAAGAAAGACAAGCAGGGUUGCAACGCGCUGCACCACGCCCUUCGCAGUGACCAUAGGGAACUAGCGCUGGAGCUGAUAGCUGCGGAGCCAACCUUGUCGCAAGCAGUGAACAACAACAAUGAGUCACCCAUGUUCAUCGCAGUGAUGAAAGAUUUCACAGAUCUGUUCGAGAAACUGCUGGACACUGCUUCUUCGGCUCACUCGGGAGCCUAUGGCUCGAAUGCUCUGCAUGCUGCCGUGGGAAACGGUAAUUCAGCUAUCGCUAAAAGGCUUAUGGAGAAACGUCCUUUGCUAGCCAGAGAAGAAAACGAAAAUAAAUACACACCAAUACUCUUGGCUGCAAAUGAGGGCAAGGUUGAUGUGCUAACGGUUUUAUUGGAACAUGAUCCGUCUUUAGGGUACUUAAUCUCCUCAAAUGGUGCCACAGUUCUUUGUGGCGCAGCAUGUGGGGGCCAUGUUGGUGUUGCUCGAGCGCUUCUUAGACAUUGUCCUGAUGCUCCCUACACCGAUCCAGCGGGGGGCUCCACAUGCCUUCACGUAGCUGUAUUAUGGGAUAAGAAAAAGUUUGUAAAAUUCGUUGUGGGAUCCCAACAACUUCGGCACCUUAUUAACAUGACAGAUAACAACAGAGAGACUGCUCUGCAGCUCGCAGUGAGAUGCGGCAGGUCGGAGAUCGUAACAGUGCUUGACAACGCCAACCACGCAAAUCCUUUUAUCUCGGUGGCAGGAGCAUCUGCAAUGGAUGUGGGCCUUCUGGAAGCUUCCACGACUGGAGAUGCCAUAAAAAUGCAGCAACUGGCAACGGAUUACCCGGGCGUGUUACUUGGCACCACUCCGCAGGGGAACACCUGCCUCCACAUCGCCUCGGUCCAUGGCCACGAGGUGUUCUGCAAGGCCGCCCUGGCUCUGGAGCCGUCACUCCUCGCUGCCAUCAAUGCAGACGGCGAGACGCCGCUUCUCAGCGCCGUGACAAGCGGACGUGUUUCUCUAGCCUCUUUUUUACUCGUGUGCUGCCGCGAUCAGAAGCUGGACGAGGCGAUCUUGAAGCAAGACAAGAACGGAUUCAACGCACUGCACAACGCCAUCCGCAGCGGACACAGGAAGCUCGCGCUCGAACUGAUUGCAGCAGAGCCUGCCUUGUCGCGCGCUGUGACCAAGCACGGCGAGUCACCCAUGUACAUGGCAGUGAUGAGAAAUUAUCCUGAUGUCUUCAAGAAAGUGUUGGAGAUUCCUGAUUCAGCUCAUGUGGGAGCCCAUGGCUCCAAUGCUCUGCAUGCUGCCGUGAGAAACGGUAAUUCUGCCAUCGCUAAAAAGAUUAUGGAGACACGUCCUGGGCUUGCCAGAGAAGAAAACGAUUCUAAGAAUACUCCAAUGCAGCUGGCUGCACUUUGGGACAAGAUUGACGUGCUAAGAGUAUUGUUGGAACAUGAUCGGUCUUUAGGGUAUGUAGUCUCCUCACAUGAUGAUACCCCCGUCAUAGCUUCUGCUGCAUAUCGAGGCCAUGUUGGUGUUGCUCGAGAGCUUCUAAAACAUUGUCCAGAUGCUCCCUAUUGCGGUAAAGAUGGCUGGACAUGUUUACACGUAGCUGUAUGGAAUGAACAGACGGAGUUCGUAGAAUUUGUACUUGGUUCGCCACAGCUUCGUGGACUCGUAAACAAGCAACAUUCAAACGGAAAUACUGCUCUGCAUAUGGCAGUCCAAAAGUGCAAUCCGAAGAUGGUCGCCUCUCUACUGCUUCACCAAGAUACGGACGUCACCGUGCUUAGCAACAAUGGUGCCGCAGCAACCUGGACAUUAUAUGGUGCCACUGAUCAUGCCAAGACUUUAAACUGGAAUGAAGUGUCCAUGCUAAUGUUGAAAGCUGAUCCUCAAGAGGCAGCAUCUAUUUAUAAUCUCCACAAGGAAGCCAAGGAUAAAGUGACAAACUUAUCAAGAAAGGAUAUCAAGUCACUGACUCAAACGUACACAGGCAACACUUCCUUAGUGGCAAUCCUCCUCGCGGCAAUUACCUUUGCUGCUGCUUUUACUUUGCCAGGAGGAUACAGCAGUGAUGCCGGAAGCCAGGGACUUCCCAUUAUGGUCAGGAAGGUUGCAUUUCAAGCAUUCAUAAUCUCUGACACCUUAGCAAUGUGCGCUUCACUUGCUGUGGCUUUUAUAUGCAUCAUAGCAAAGUGGGAGGAUCUUGAGUUCUUGCUUUACUACAGAUCUUUUACAAAGAAGCUUAUGUGGUUUGCGUACGUGGCAACUACCACAGCAUUCGCAACUGGUUUAUACACAGUUCUGGCCCCUCGUCUCCUAUGGUUGUCUGUUACGGUUUGUGUUCUGACAGGUUUAUUGCCCAUCCUUACUAAAGUUCUGGGUGAAUGGCCCAUCUUAAAACUGAGAUUUCGGCUGGGUUUGAAAUUCAAGUCUGAGCUACUUGAUAUGGUCUAAUAUCGUUGUGGCUCUUGAUAUUCCAUAUACUUUCUCAUUUUAUGGAAGGAAUAAGAAAAAUAUGUAAGUAGCAUGAUCUUAGGCUGAUAAUUUUAUUUUGGUAAUUCAGAAUUCCAUGUAAUACCUGAACUAUGUACUUUGGACAUUGAUUAUGUCAAGCUUGAGCUGAUGAGUAAUGUUUCAUUC